GGGGAAGUGACGUCACACGCAGGACGUACAGGUGGUUGGUUUCCGCAGCGGUGUUUGUGCUAACUGAAACAAACCAAUGUGACACAGCUCGUUUACUUUGAACGGGAGGCUAACCGGCGUUAGCUUUCUGGGCCUGCAGAGCGAUGACCACCAUAGUCCACGACACCACGGAGGCCGUGUGCCUCUGCGGCGAGUUCAACCUGUACCUCAAGCCCAUCGCCAAGAUGACCAUCAGCGUGGCGCUCCCCCAGCUCAAGAUGCCCGGCAAGAGCAUCUCCAACUGGGAGGUGAUGGAGAGGGUGAAGGCCAUGGUGGCCCCGGAGCAGUUCUCAGCGCUGCGCAUCUCCAAGAGCACCAUGGACUUCAUCCGCUUCGAGGGAGAGGUGGAGAACAAGGGCGUGGUGAAGAGCCUGCUGAGCCGCCUGGACGGGAAGAGCAUCAAACUGAGCGGCUUCACCGACAUCCUGAAGGUUCGUGCCGUGGAGAACAAGGUGGAUUUCCCCACCCGUCACGACUGGGAUUCCUUCUUCCGUGACGCGAAGGACAUGAAUGAGACUCUGCCGGGGGAAAGACCCGACACCAUCCACCUGGAGGGGCUUCCCUGCCGCUGGUUCAGCCAGAAGGACAGCCCGUACCCAGACCGACCCUCCGAGGAAGUCCUCACCACCGUCUUCCAGGGCUUUGGCAAGGUGCGAAACGUGGACAUUCCCAUGCUGGACCCCUACAGGGAGGAGAUGAUGGACAAGAACUUCAGCACGUUCAGCUUCGGGGGCCACCUGAACUUUGAGGCGUACGUCCAGUACCAGGAGUACUGCGGCUUCACCAAGGCCAUGGACACUCUGCGGGGCAUGAAGCUGAUGCUGAAGGGCGAGGACGGCAAGGCCGUGGCCUGCAACAUCAAGGUGACCUUUGACACCAGCAAGCACCUGAGUGAUAUGGCGCUGAAGAGGAGGAACCAGGAGAGGCUGAAGCUGCAGGAGCUGGAGAGGCAGAGGGAGGAGCAGAAACGCCGGGAGAGAGAGGAGGAGGAGCGACGCAAGGAGGAGGAGAGGAAGCAGAAGGAGCAGGAGGAGGAGGAGAAGGAGCGGAGGAAGGAGGAGCGGCUGCGGAAGCGGGAGCAGAAGCUGCGUGAGAGAGAGGAGAGGAGGAACCUGAAGAGGGUGAAGCGACGGCAGGAGGAGGAGCAGAAGAAGCUGCAGAUGAAGAUCGCCAUGGAGGAGCGGAGGCUGCUGCUGGCCCAGCGCAACCUGGAGUCCAUACGGCUCAUCGCCGAGCUGCUGGCCCGGGCCAAGCAGCAGCAGCAGGAGAAAGAGAGGGCAGAGCGCGAGGAGCUCCAGAGACAGGAGGAGGCCCGGCAGAAAGAGGAGCUGGCCCGGCUCCAGCAGCUGGAGGCCUGCCGGCGUAAGCAGGAGGAGGAGCUGCGGAGGGUGGAGAUGGAGAAGGAGCGAGCGCUGGAGCUCCAGCGCCGAGAGAGGGAGCUGAGGGAGCGACUGCUGGGCAACCUGCUGAAGAAGAGCAGCGGAGGAGCCACGAGCUCCGUGGGCGCCCAGGGCCAGGCGGACCCCGCGGCCAGGGGGGAGGCCUCCGUUCUGGGCGGCAGCGAGGUGGUGCUGGGGGUCCUUGCCCCGCUGAACGGAGAGAAGACAGCUGAGGGCAAAGAAAGGCAGACGCACAAAGCAGGAGCCCGCCCGCAGGUUUCAGAGAAGAAGAGAGCCGCGGAGCCGAGGAGAGGAGGAGGCGAAGACAGGAAGAAGGACAAGGAGAGGAGAGAGGGAGUGGUGAGGAGCAGCCGGCGCAGCAGGGAGCGAGGCCACUCUCACAGGGGCAGGAGCUCCCACAGCCGAGGGAGGAGGGGCCACACCCGCUCUCGCAGCAGGAGGCGGAGCUCCAGCCGCCACAGGAGGAGCUACAGUCGCCGCGGAAGCAGGAGGCGGAGCCACAGCCAUCGCCACAGCAGCACGAGCUCCAGCUGGGACAGGAGCAGGAGCAGCAGCGGGAGGAGCUACAGCAGGGGGAGGAGCCACAGGCGCGGCCGCCGCAGUCACAGCAGAAGCAGCUCCAGGAGCAGCGACAGGAGCAGAGACAGGCGGAGUCACAGCCGCCACAACAGAAGAUCCAAGAGGAGCAGCAGAGACAGGAGUCGCUCCAGACGACACUAAACUCCUCAGUGUCAUCAGUUUACUGACUGACGCACGUUGCUCGUCCUGUUCAAAGGUUCAGCCGGUGUGAGGUGUUCAGGGACUGCAGCUGAUUGAUAGUCACUUUGUUCCAAUAUGCAGUUUCCCUGUUGGACUGAAAAAUAAAAUAUUUUCAAACAUGGUCCGCCAUUUGCCCCAGAAUGUUAGUCCUGCUGUGUGGAAAACAGCAUGAAGGCCACGCGGCACUAAAACUCUGCUUUAAAAUCUAGGAUAAAUAUUAUAAACAUAUUCAUGUAUACCUGUGUGGAAUCCCACAAAGGUGAUGCGAUUUCAAAUAUUGCAUUAGAAGUAGUUUUAAUCAUUUACAUGCUCAGCUACCAUGUCAGACACACACAACAUUGACUGGUCGAUGAUAAAUUUUGAAUAAAAGGCAAAUAUCUGUGCAGUAUAUUGACAGAUAGACGUAUCAGUGUAACCCACCUCCAAACAAAAAGCCACAGGUUUGGUUUUGUCUGAGCGUUUUUUCUCUCUAUGCAUGAACAGCAGUGACACAGCACAGAGAGCAGGCACACAGACGGGCCUUUCUGUCAUUUAGCGGCGAGCCGGCGACAGUUUCUGGUCCUUUGCACACUUGUAGCUUCAUGACAGAAGACGAGGCGAGCAUCUGCUCCUCACACGUCAUCAGCACGAAGCCCCCAGACGCACACACGCAGCUGAACUCCUCCUUCAUGCUGUCUUACGUGGACUACUUGAAAAAUGAAAGACUGCUGCUCCGUUUUGAAAUGUGAAGAUUCUUUGCCAACUGUGAGCAACGUACCUUUUUAUGUUUCUGCGACGCACACAACAGCAAGCAGGACGACGGACUCGGUCUCCCCUGUGAGCUGUUCCAGACCGAGCUCUGCAGAAGCGACUCACUGGUGGUGACAGGGUUUGAACUGUUGAAUCUGUUUGGAUGAUUUUGUUUAGAACAGAAAACAUUUUCUUUUCUUCAAGUUUCCAUAACAAGAACACAAGUUUGAUUGAGAUGAAUUGUGUGAACGGUUUAUGCUCCAAAGUGUGAAUGCACCUCAGAGAAUAGCCUCCAUAUGUGAUAUUUUGCAGCCUGUCCCCCCCAAGUCGUCUUAAUAAUGUGAGUUUUGCAUCCCAGACAGGAGUCCAAACACAUCUCACAGCCUUUGUUUGUUCACACUGCGGCUGAAAGUGACCCAAUUCUGAUUUUUUUUUUUUUUCUCAGAUCUGAUCUUUUUGCCUGUAACGGUUCCUAUUCCUCUCUGUAUGUUUAUCCGUACACAUUGCUGCCAUGAACCCAGCAUGCACUCGUUUACAACAAGCACGCCGCUAAACAAAAGAAAAUGUCACUGGCACAACAGUCCGUCAUCAUAAUUCAUAAAAUACUGGUGCAAGCAUUCAUUUCUUGAAUAGUUUCCGUGGUAACAGUGGCGUGGUGGCAGUCUGUCCGCUGUUCAGGCCAGAUUAAGGGUAAAAAAGACAAAAGAGGGCUUGAACUGCAGUACACGUCACACAUCAUAUCAGCAGGAAAACAAUGCACAUCUGAUUUAGCACCACGUAAGAGAGGGGCUCCAAUCAGAAUUGAAAAAGAUUGAGUUUUUUGGCAUAAAAAGUCAGAUGUGUGUCACACGUGAGGGAAAAAAAUCAGAUCUCUGCUGCUUUCUCUCUCUGAACGUGGCCUCAGCGGUUUCUUUUAUUGAUUAUUCAUUGUAGUUAUUGCUGACUCAUUACCAGCUUAUGGGAUGCAAGUCAGAGUGUGAGAGACUGCACACACACCACCUUUAGAGUCGGACACGUUUUCCACGCCUUACUGGGAUUUGUGCCGUUAGUUGGUCAGAGUUUGAGCUUUAAGGGAGUUUUAGUUGUUUUUUUCUUUUUUUCUUUUUUUUUUUCUGGUGCCUAAAGACACAUCCCCGAUGUUUGUUUGUUUGUUUGUUUGUUUGUUUUCAGGUGAUGGUCUGAGCGGAGCCAGUUUGUUCUGAAUUGGCUCUCCAUCAGCUGGAGAACGGCUCAGACACACAGCAAGCUGAUCUGAAUUUCUUAAAAUAAAGUUCAAAAUUGAAAACUGCUUGAAGGAA